AACAGACCGAGGCGGCACUUUCAGUUUUUCAGUUUCGGGUGGUUUUAAAUUCAACGUUAAGUUUCUGAAAUGUCUAGCCGGUUAUUGACAGGUGGAGAAUGCCCCCAGGGUGUUUUGGAUGUUGUUGAAGGUGCUAUUGGUUAUCUUGCCUUAUCAGUUGGAUAUACAUCUAUUGAGUACGCAGCGUUGAGAGUACUUUCAAAUCUUUUCUUUUCUUUUACAGAAGACUUAGCUGUUUCCUCACUAAUGAAUGCUGAAAGCAGUGGGAGAACUUCAAUUCUUUUGAGUGAUAUUGUACUUGGGUUAAUAGAUUUGGGGUUUGAUGUCUCAGGUCUUAAUGAAAUCCCCCGUAAACGCAUGUACAGAGGAUGUAAAGAACCUACUAGCAUCGGAAGUUCUCCGAAGAAAGGUGUGGUAUGUGCUGCAGUUUUGGGCCCAGGAGGAACAACCAUUAUUCCUCGACCCUUGUCAUUGCGUCCUAAUUGGUCGGGAAAUCCACGUUUUGGUGGGAUGGGAUCCACAUCUUUGUUAAAUACGGGUGUAGCUCAAGGUAUUUCAGAUCAGCUGUCAUACUGUUUGCCACCUCCCGCUCCUGCACAUUUACAACUUCCUAUAUUACCGGAACCUCACACUUUCCUAAAUACACGUGUUAAACGAGCACCGAUUGCUUCUGAUCCAUCUUCAUUACGCCGUCGUGUAGUUGAACAACGUCGUAAAGUUCAAGAGUCUUUAAUUCGGUUUUUGGGUCGUGUUCAGCCUGUUCAAUACCUAUUUCCGGGUGAUGCUGAAUCGUUCAUGUUGAUCACUCCAAAAGAAUCACCUCGUCCAUAUCUGUCAGCUCUACUUGCUAGUGUAACCAACAACUGUGAUAUGAAAAUGUCAAUGACCGACAACAAAGAUGACCAAAAUCUUGUAAAGUCUAAGUCAAACGUUUUUGUAAAUAGUAAUUCUAAUCAAUCUCCUGAAACAAAAAAUCCAUUUUUAUUAAAACCAAAAUUUCCUGAAUACUGACUAAUACUGCGAUUAGAUAUACACUUUGUACAUAUUCCUUUAAUAUUUUUAGAUAAACCUCCAUAAUAAAUUCUUUAUAAUUUUCAAAAA